GGGAACUCUGUUGCGAAGGUAGUGGCGUUGGUGUGGUAGAAGCAAGUGUUUCCUAUGAGCUUCUGCUGUUGCCUGCUUAGGAAUAGCAACAGCAAUUCCGCCAAUAUAUCGUCAAGUUUUGACACCAAACGCGUUAGCGUUACCUCAACGCAUCCACACGAUAUAACAGACCGAUGUCUCGCUAGGUUUCGGCGGCGUUGCGGACAGCAAGGUGUGCGAUAAUAGUCGGAAUAUUACGAUGCCAUCCCCGAUGGAGGGGUCUUCAAAGAAAGGUGACCUGUUUACUGUGAAACAUGAGCUGAAGAAUGCCAACCUUACAGGCCAUGUGGAGAGGGUGGGCAUCGAGAACUUUGAACUUCUUAAAGUUCUGGGCACCGGAGCGUACGGAAAGGUGUUCCUCGUACGCAAGGUGAGCGGCCACGACACGGGGAAGCUGUAUGCCAUGAAGGUCCUGAAGAAGGCCACCAUCGUGCAGAAGGCCAAGACCGCCGAGCACACGCGCACCGAGCGCCAGGUGCUGGAGCACAUCCGCCAGUCGCCCUUCCUCGUCACGCUGCACUACGCCUUCCAGACGGACACCAAGCUGCACCUCAUCCUCGGUCAGCCCCCCCCCAGUAGACAUACUUGCUGUCAAUAUAAUAUUGUUUUUACCGACUGUGCCUAGAGUCCGUACUGAACUGGGGAAAAGGGCAUUUAGUUAUGCUGCUCCUUUUUCAUGGAACCAGCUGAAAAAUGCGCUAAAACUUAAGGAGCUGGUUUCUAUAAA